GGAGACGCACCAAUGAGUGGCGACGCCGGCUGCAAAGGCGGGAUGGAGGAGGCUGAAACUGUUAAUGAACGGGAAACACUGCAGAGAAAGAAGAAUGCGAUCUUAGUGGAUGGUGUAAUUUUAAAUGGCCCAGUAGCAGAUUCCAAAGCAGGAGAAAAAUUUGUGGAGGAGGCCAGUAAGAUAAUCAUGGAGGAGGUGAUUAAGAAAGCUGCUGAUGUAACAGAAAAGGUGUGUGAAUGGCAGCCUCCUGAAAAACUAAAAGCACUACUUGAUCUUGAUUUGAAAGACACUGGAGAGACCCAUCAGAGACUCUUACAGCUUUGCCAGGAUGUUAUACGAUUCAGCGUCAAAACCAAUCAUCCAAGAUUUUUUAAUCAGUUGUAUGCUGGUAUUGAUUACUACUCUUUAGUGGCGCGUUUCAUUACAGAAGCAUUAAAUCCAAGCGUGUAUACCUAUGAAGUAUCUCCAGUGUUUUUGUUAGUGGAAGAAGCAGUCCUAAAAAAAAUGAUUGAAUUUAUAGGGUGGGAAGAAGGUGAUGGCAUAUUUAAUCCAGGUGGCUCUGUUUCCAAUAUGUAUGCUAUGAACUUGGCGAGAUACAAGUAUUGUCCCGACAUAAAGGAAAAGGGGCUUUCAGGGAUGCCACGACUGGUGGUAUUCACAUCAGAAGAGUGUCAUUACUCUGUGAAGAAGGCAGCAUCUUUCCUGGGAAUUGGCACACAAAAUAUUUACUUCAUCAAAAGUGAUGAAAGAGGUAAGAUGAUACCUGAGGAACUGGAGAAACAAGUCCAGCGGGCCAGGAAAGAGGGAGCUGCACCAUUUUUUGUGAGUGCCACAUCUGGCACCACAGUAUUGGGAGCGUUUGAUCCUCUGGAUGAAAUAGCUGACAUUUGUGAAAGAUAUGACCUUUGGCUGCAUGUGGACGCAUCCUGGGGAGGCUCAGCACUGCUGUCAAGGAAGCAUCGCAAGCUUUUGCACGGUGUCCACAGGGCCAAUUCUGUGGCAUGGAAUCCUCAUAAGAUGCUUAUGGCAGGGAUCCAGUGCUGUGCUCUUCUGGUGAAAGACAGUUCUGGCUUGCUUAAGAGAUGCUACUCUGCCAAGGCUUCAUACCUUUUCCAGCAAGACAAGUUCUAUGAUGUCAACUAUGACACAGGCGACAAAUCAAUCCAGUGUAGCAGAAGAGCAGAUGCCUUCAAAUUCUGGAUGACAUGGAAAGCACUGGGAACAGCUGGUCUGGAGGAGAGAGUAAAUCGAGCCCUUGCGCUCGCCAGAUAUCUAGUGGAUGAAAUUAAGAAGAGAGAUGGGUUCCAGCUGCUACUGGAGCCAGAAUAUGCAAAUAUUUGUUUCUGGUACAUUCCACCUCGCUUGAGAAACAUGGAGAGAGGACCUGAAUUCUGGGAGCAGCUCCAUCAGGUUGCACCUAUUAUUAAAGAGAGAAUGAUGAAAAAAGGCAGCAUGAUGCUGGGAUACCAACCUCAUUGUGGCAAAGUAAACUUCUUUCGACAGGUCAUUAUCAGCCCCCAGGUGAGCCGUGAGGACAUGGACUUUCUGCUCGACGAGAUAAACUUGCUUGGCCAAGACUUGUAGCUGGUAUUCCACAACACAAGGGAUUCCUUGUAUUUGUAUAGAGUUUACAGAUUAAGAAUACAUGAAGGAUAAUGGUACUAGACUAUGGAACCCAUAGAUCAAUGCUUAACUAACUGAAAACCACCGUCUAAAACAAUGUUUGGGGAAAGGGACAGCAGGGAAGUGAUGCUUUCAAAAUAAAUAUUCUGUGUUCAAUGUUCGCAGGUAUUAUGUUGAGAAUUGAUGCUAAGAUGGGCCAAAUUUUAACCAAUGACAAAUUGUUACAAGUUAUUUGAAGUCAAUGGGGUUUUCAUUGCUAUAAAAGGCCUGAGCUUAGGUUACUGAGUAUUUUAAAAAGUUAGUGUGAUGCAGGAUAAAAUGUAGAAAUUCAAGGUCAAUAGGGAUCUACCAGUGCAACAGUUCAUGGACUGGAGUGUUCCCUUGUCUACCCACUUUUCUCCGAAAAUACCCAUAGUUUCUUUGGAGAUCAAAAUGUUGCAAUCUAUUC